AAUGUCAAUGGAUUGCUUUGUAGUGUCGUGUUUGUGUCGUUUAAAUGUAUUUUAAAAUAUUUUUAUAUUGAAUUGACCAUAUAAUGUUCGACGAUGGCCUCCGUAAAAGUUGCUGUAAGGGUUCGCCCGUUCAAUCAAAGAGAAAAGGAUAUGGGUGCAAAGUUAAUUGUUCAAAUGGAUGGAAAGAAAACAAGAUUACUAACUGUGAAAAAUAGCAAAGAGCAAAAUGACCGUGAGAAGUACAAAGACUUCACAUUCGACCACUCAUACUGGUCGUAUGAUGCGGAGGACAAGCACUAUGCAUCACAGGAGCAGCGUGAAAGCCUCACAGUGAUGGAUGAUAAAAGAGGUUUUUACUGUUAUUAUUACAUUGUCCACGGCCCGUUUAGUCAACAGUUUAAAUUUAACUUCACGUUGGAGCACGGCGCGCGGCGCGUGCGCAACCUGGCGGUGUUCUCUGAUCUGGGACUGGACGUGAUCGACAGCGCAUUCGAGGGGUACAAUGCGUGCGUGUUCGCGUACGGACAGACCGGCAGCGGGAAGACGUUCACCAUGAUGGGCGCGCCGGACAACCAGGGUCUGAUCCCUCGCAUAUGUCGUCAACUGUUCUCGCGCGUGGCGGCCGGCAAGGAGUCCGGCGCGUCGUACCGCACGGAGGUGAGCUACCUGGAGAUAUACAACGAGCGCGUGAAGGACCUGCUCGCCACCGACGCGGGCCACUCGCUGCGCGUGAGGGAACACCCCAAGCUCGGCCCCUACGUGCAGGACCUCUCCAAGCACCUCGUCUCCGACUACGAUGACAUCCAGGAAUGCAUGCACCGCGGCAACUUGCACCGCACGACUGCGUCGACGCAGAUGAACGACGUGUCGUCUCGCUCGCACGCCAUAUUCACCAUCACGUUCGUGCAGGCGAGCUACCUGCGGCACAACAACAUGCCCAGCGAGACCGCCUCCAAGGUGCAUCUGGUCGAUCUCGCCGGCAGUGAGCGCGCGGACGCCACCGGCGCGACUGGCCAGCGACUGGUGGAGGGCGCUCACAUCAACAAGUCCCUCGUCACACUCGGCUCCGUGAUAUCCGCGCUAGCCGACUCCGGCCAACAUCCACCUGACAAAAACGGUCCGAAAAACAACAAGAAGACUGUAUUCAUACCAUACAGAGACUCGGUGCUCACGUGGUUACUGAAGGACUCCCUCGGUGGCAACUCCAAGACUAUCAUGAUCGCCGCCAUAUCGCCGGCGGACUGCAACUACGGCGAGACGUUGUCGACGCUGCGGUACGCCAACCGCGCCAAGAACAUCAUCAACAAGCCCACCAUCAACGAGGACCCCAACGUCAAGCUCAUCCGCGAGCUGCGCGAGGAGAUCGAGAAGCUGCGCGCGCAGAUAUCACACAACACGGACCCUAUAGAAACAGAGCCGGCUGUGUUAGCGACGCUGCAGAGGAAGGAAGCACAGGAGAAGGUGCUGACGGAGAAGUGGACGGAGAAGUGGCGCGAGACGCAGCAGAUACUGCAGGAGCAGAAGGCGCUCGGGCUGCGCAAGAGUGGGCUCGGGGUCGUGCUGGACUCGGACAUGCCGCAUCUGGUCGGCAUCGACGACAACCUGCUGUCCACCGGCGUCACGCUCUACCAUCUCAAGGAGGGCGAGACGGUGAUCGGUAGCGAGGAGUACCGUCCGGUGCCGGACAUAGUGCUGAGCGGCGCGGGCGUGCUGCCGCUGCACGCGGUGGUGACGCUGCGCCAGGGCGAGGCCACGCUGCGGCCCUGCCCCGGCGCGCAGUGCUGGCUCAACACCGUGCUCAUAGACAGCCCCGCCAAACUCAGCCAGGGGUGCAUCUUGCUGCUGGGUCGCACGAACAUGUUCCGGUACAACGACCCGGCGGAGGCGGCCAAGCUGCGGCAGGAGGGCGGCGCCCCGCUCAUGAACCUAUCGCGGCUCUCGCUGCUGUCCUGGUCCACCACUGACCUCAAUAACAGUAGCGAGAACCUCCCCGCCGCCCUCACGUCAGGACGCGGAGGGCCCGGAGCGUGCGGUGGCGGCGGCGGCGGCGGCGCGCGGGCAGCUGGAGCGCGAGCGCGCCGAGUUCCUGCGGCAGCAGCACGAGCGGCAGCGGCGCUGGCACGCCGAGCGCGAGCUGCUGCUGCAGGCGCAGCGGCAGCUCGACCAGCAGCAAAACGAUUUGAUAAUGGAAACACACCUCCCCACCCCCUAACUAUAACUUUACCGCCAGAGUAUGCUAGUGAACCAAACAAGAGUGCGGAGCGGCACAACUCCAAUGUCGAUCGGUCGCGAUUGCGUUCGAGAGAACGUGAAGCGAUGGAACGCGAAUACGCAGCGGCGUGCAGACGAUUAUCGGGCGACUGGCGCGCGUUAGAGCGUGGGUGGACGCACAGGAGGCGCGCGCUGAAGACCAGACAGCGGGAACUGCGCAACAGGCAACAACGACUGCGCGCCACACACGCCGCCCACCAGCAACACUAUGACCGUUUAAAUGAGUCCUCACCCGCGCGGUACAGGGACGCGGGGUAUGACGACAAAGGGGACCGAGAGAGAGGCGGGCGGCAGGCGCGCGCGCAUGAGAUGAAAUGCACACUAGACAGAUCCUAA